CGCCAUUUACAGCCCAAAUCCCGACCUCCUGUCCGGAAAGAGCCAGGAACAAAAAAAAAAAAGUCACCGUAGGACCGAGGAACGGGCCGACAAAGACUGCAACAACUUUCCGAAUCCACCACUUCGACUUUUUAAACCGGUCCAGUUUUGCAGUUUGCCGUGAGGAGAAGCGAACUCGAGCGAGUCAAGUUGUCCUUUAUUGACGCCUCGUGUUUCCCCUGCGCUCCAACGUCGGACCUUUGCGUCGCUUUUCAAGACAAAUGACCUCCGACUUAGAAGCGUCCCUGAUGGAUUUCAGCCAGUGAAAUGUUCAACUAGGAACUACGCUGUCUCAAAUUGGAUUUACUGAAGCCAAGCGGGGGUGAAAGUGCCGAAAGCACGGAGUUCAGAUGUGUCCCAUGCUAGCCAAGGCCACCCUUCAGUCCCAAGAUGGAUUCCAGAAGUCAGAACGACAGGGAUGGAGGAGGGGGACGCCACGGGUGGUCACCGUCAUCCACUGGCACGCCGCAUGACGAAGGGAGACCUCAGCCGCAGCCUUCACAGACCCAGGAUGGGGUGCUCGAUCCUCGGGUCCCUCCUUUGGUGCUCGCUUUGGAUAAGAUAAAGUUGACUGGGAGUACUAAUGAGUAUUCUGAGGGGCCUACGGUGGCAAAAAGGUCCCCAGCUUCACUCAAAUCUGAAGGUGCUCGAGAAGAGCGAGCAAAUAAUCUCCAGAACCUUCAUGGGAACUUUCUAGGACUCGACCAGACUUCCGGUGUGCAGCGGCCCUUCAGUGUGGAUGAUUCCCAUAGCAGCAUCAGGACCAGUUUGGGUAGCGCAUCCUCAGCCCAAAGGCUCCUUGGCAGCCUUGCGAGCAGUGAGCAGAUCAUCAGAACGCAGCCAAAACGCAUAGAGCUCAACACAGAGGAGCUGAAGCAGCUGAAUGAUGCCUCGCGGACUGUUGCGGCAGUCCCGGCCAGCGGAGAGCAGAAAGCUCCUGACGUGCACUCGAAAUGCGAGGACUGUGGUCAGUGUCGGUGUUUGGAGUGCCGACGACCGCGACCGCUCCCCUCGUGCUGGAUGUGCGGCCAGCGGUGCAUGUGCUCGGCACAGAACGUGGUAGAGUAUGGGACGUGCGUCUGCUGCGUCAAAGGGCUCUUCUAUCACUGCUCCAGUGACGACGAGGACACUUGCGCCGACAAACCUUUCUCCUGCACCCAGGCUCACUGCUGCGUCCGAUGGACGACGGCGUCGCUCCUGGCCGUGCUCUUCCCAUGCCUGCUGUGCUACCUCCCAGCUACGGGCUUGGUCUCUCUAUGCCAGAGGUGCUAUAACCAAGUGUCACGACCUGGCUGUCGGUGCCAGAGCACCGCAGAAGUCCACCGCGAGGCGGAAGGCAAGCCGACAUAGAUCUGUUUUAAAAAGACAGAGGACUUGUUCAGUAGGUUUGAGUUUUCUGUUUCUUCGCCAUUUCCGAGCACUUCUGGGCCUUACGUUUCAGCUUUUAAAAAUGACUUUUGUAGCUUCUAAACUCACUGGAGUUCACCAGAGCAUUAAUAGCUUCACUUGAACGGUAAACCAAAAUAAACACUCCAUGAUUUUAAAGAAAUGAAGAUAUUACCUACUACUGUCAAGUCAUAUCCUCACACGAGUGCCCAGAUCUGAAGUGGUCUGAUUUUUGUUAACGUUUAAUCCAACUUAAGAAGAGUCUCUGUUACUAACUGUAUGUAGUGAAUGGAAACGCAGUGUAGAUAUGAGUCAGAUGUUUUAUUUUUGUACAGUAAAUAAUCUUCAACUGUGAAGCACCACCUCGACGCAGCCACGUUUUAAACUUCAUAAACGUUCUCACAUGUUCACUGGAAUGUAUGUCAAUCAUUUUCAUGUACUUAACCCUCUUGUAUAUUGUACAGUGACCUUAUAUAAAAAGUCUAUUUUCUAAUUCCAACAGUUAGUGUAAAGUAUUGAAAGUCUAUAUUUAUUUGAAGGUUUUAUUAUUUUAUAAUGACAAAUAUUUAUUUUGAGAAGAGCAUUGUCACCACGCUGCCUCGCGUCUUGGCGAGUGGUAGAAAUGUGAACGCUGGAUGAAUAGAACGCUAUGAAUUAGAAGACAAAUAUAUUAACUUUUAAAAUUAAACAACCCUGAAGUCAGAA